UAGUCCUAUGAGAGCAAGUGGGCGUUUUAUUCAGCCGUUUUUCGAUAUUGCAGGCGGCACUUGGCAGCGGUUAUCGUGCUCUGUAGGUUGCUGCUGAAUCUUACAAGAUUGUUGCUACGGUGCUGACUGCCGCACUCACGGGAAAUGAGAAGAUGCCGGCUGAAAAGUAUAUAAUCUGGCCCAUUUGCCCAUAUGAUCGUCACUCAGCUUCCACUCCGAGCACAUUCUCCCAUAUCAAUACCUCCACUUUUUGUAACACAGAAAGAUUAUCAAUCAAUCGCCCAACAUGAAGUGGUUCUUGGCUCUCCUUCCUCUCGCGGCAGCAGCACCUGCUCUGCCAACCGUCCAGCUUGGUGAUGCUCCGCCAGCGGGUUCGGUUACGAUCCGCGGUGUCAGCUAUGGAGGAACCGGUUGCCCACAGGGAACCAUGAGCUCCCAGAUCAGCAGUGACAGGACUGUCGUUACGCUCAUCUUCGACUCCUACAUUGCUUCAAUUGGUCCUGGCAUCGCCGUUACUGAGCAGCGUAAGAACUGCCAGCUGAACGUGGACAUCAAAUACCCCGGAGGCUUCCAGUACUCCAUCCUGUCUGCUGACUACCGCGGUUACUCUGCCAUCCAAAAGGGUGUCACCGGCACACUCAAGUCAACUUACUACUUCUCUGGCCAGACUGCUCAGACCAGCACCCAAUACGUAUUCGAGGGACCCGCCAACGGCGACUACCUUAAGCAUGACACAGCCGAUAGCACGUCGGUUGUGUGGUCGCCUUGCGGCACUACUGGCAUGCUCAACAUCAAUUCGCAAGUCCGCCUGACUAGCACCAACCCCUCCGCCACUGGUCUGCUCACCACCGACUCUACUGAUCUCAAGUUCACCCAAGUUGUGUACGUGCAGUGGCAGAAGUGCACUGCGUAGAUGGCUGAUUGCGGUUGAUGCAGGCCUAAGAACCUAACUAGCUGGAUAAGCGUGAAUGGGCCAUGGGAGCUGAGCGUUGAAGAUCUUGAGUGGAGGAAGUGUCGUGGUGAUGAUUGGAUGAUUUGAUGGCUUGCUUGUUUAUAUUUUGAUGCCUGUAGUUACUUGUAUGAGAUGCGCAUCUCUCGCUAUUUUUCUGUGCUGCUACGGUGACCAACAAUCUGAUGAUAUGUACUAGAGGUGGAAUAGAAGGUGGUGGCAAUGUGCCAG